AAAAAAAACAACUCGAAAGAUAACUACAUUUUCGAAAAUAAACAAAGAAGUUCGGAGUUCUAUGCUUAAUAUAUAGAAUAUGACAGUAGACUUCAGUAGCACCACAGACGUAUUUUACCAUUAACAAACUGCCAUUCUGAAAGGAGGAUAAAGUCCAAAGUAAGAAUUGAGCAGGAAAUUCGUUUGUUGAAGCACCUAGCUGUGCUUUGCCAACUUUCUUAAGUUAUAUAGCACCAUAUCGCCAACUCAUUGCAUUUCAUGCCUUUGGAAAAGAAAAAGUUUGAAGCAUCCGGCGGGCCAUCACAUAAGCCUUUUGGAGGUGGAACUUGGGACGAAGAUUAUGAGCUUGUUAGUUUAAAUUCUAGUCAAGAUGCCUUGCAUAGCUCAUUUUCGAAAUCUACUCCUGUGGACUCGAACCGUACUUCUUCUCCAUUAAGGAUAGAAUCUCUGAGCUCCUCAACAAUUAUGAUAAACACAAAACAAAGGGAGUUUGAGAUAGGAGAGGGAAUUCCUGAGACCCUCGAAUCGAAUCAAGCACCGUUGGAGACGGACGACUCUGAAGAGAUUAUCAAGUCAUUUCCUGGCUCUAAAGCUGAAAGUGACGAAGAGGAGGAACAGGAGGAAGAAUUGGAAAGUAAAGAGGAAGACGAUGAUGAAGAGGAUGAAAGUAUAUGGGAGUCUGAUGAGUCUGAAGCUCGAACUGAACCUGCUCUCGCAGCUGUUGAGGCUCAUAAAGGGAAAGCAUUCAUAUCACCAAGCUCUUCUGGAACUUAUGAAAGCGAAGCCUUGGAAUAUGAUGUACCUACUAUCCCGGAUCUUCGCUUUCAAAACUCUUACUUAAAGUCAAUUGAACAAGCAAAUGGCUCAAUUCCUCUUGUAUGUUGGAUUACUGUUCGUGAUCAUAUUCUUUUUCCUUUUAUAAGCGGCGGGAUGUGGGUUUUUGUCCGUCAUUUCUUGGGCUUCUUAAAGAUUCAAGAGAAAGGAUUUAAUUUUGGUCAAUGGCUACGCAGAACAUUCGGAUUUUUUUUCCCUUCUAAGAAAUGAUGCUUGUUUUUUAAAUCGUUUUUUUAAUUUGGUGCUUUAUGAAGCGAUUUUUUCACCUGCCUUAAUUCGGAUUUUAUUCCUUGUAUGCUUCAAUAAAGCCAAGUAAUGGCUAGCGCUUUUCAUACUCUGCAAUAUGAAGACAAUAUCAUCACUUACUUGCCAUUUUCGUAAUGAUUGUUAACGGUUUUACUAUUUUAUUUGAUUGUCUGACUCUGAACGACAUGUUUAAGAUGGAUUCGAGCAAGCAUGAAAUAUUAAAUAAUUCAUUCAACAAUAAUGAUGGAUAGUGACUAUGAACAGAUAAUGCUAUAUAAGAAAAGAAAAAGAGAGAACAAUAGAAACCAUUUCGUAUGCGUGUAUUUUUU